AUGACUGUUGAAUCAGAGAAGAAAGCUAAGGAGGUUGGUAAUGAGAAUGAAGAGGGUACAUUGAAGGAAGGGAAGGAGAACGAUGAAGGCAAGGAUGAACAGGUUCCGGUGGCAAGUGACAUUGUGGAAUAUGAAAUGGAGACUGUAGAGGUGAAGGCAGACAGUGUUAAGGACAACAAGAUUUCAGAGAAACCGGCACAGACUGUUGACUCUCAGGAAACUGAGAUACCAACUCAAUCAAAGCAACCAGAGACUGAGAAACCAAUAGAGGACAAGACAACUAGCACAUGGCCAUUGGAAUCUGAGAAACCGACAGUGGUACUGACAGAGAAACAAUAUGAGGCAGAAGUUCAUGUUGAGUCUGGGAAACUGGUAGUUGCAGAGGAGCUUAAUCAAACUGAGAAACUAUUAAAGGUAGAGGUACAGACACAGACAAAUCCACCAGAAGAAAAUUUAAGUAAAGUGGAUGCAUCUGAUGGAAGUAAAGAGGAUAUAAACCCUAAUCCAUCUUAA